AGUCACUCCGGAGUACAUAAAGGACCGAGCCGGGAGACUCGCGCUUUGUCGAUUCCAACGAGAGACGGAGUUGCCUCGAACCUCAGCAUGGCCUCCCCUGACGGCACCGCCACCUCGGCCGCUUCAACAGCAGAGCAAGAUCCAAAAUGUGCAACUGGCAGGGUGGCGAACCUACCGCUGGUCAGCUCUGCUUACGACAUGGUCUCCUCGGCUUAUGCCUCUACUAAAGAGAGCCACCCCUAUGUGAAAAUGGUCUGUGACGUGGCAGAGACAGGGGUCAAAACCAUUGCUGCAGCUGCUGUCAGUGGGGCCCAGCCGAUCCUGAAUAAGUUGGAACCACAGAUCUCGAGUGCCAACGAAUAUAUGUGCAAGGGCCUGGAUAAACUGGAGGAGAAGUUGCCAAUCCUUCAGCAGCCAACUGAUAAGGUCUUUUCGGACACCAAAGAGCUGGUGACUUCCACGGUGUCCGGGGCCAGAGAUGCUGUCAGCAACACUGUCACGGGGGCCAGGAACACCGUCACCAGCACAGUGACUGGGGUGGUUGACAAGACCAAGGAGGCGGUUCAAGGGGGCGUGGAGAUGACCAGAUCAGCAGUGGCCACAGGGGUCAACAUGGUGGCCAGCGGUGUGGACAGCAUACUGGGGAAGUCUGAGGGCCUGGUUGAUCACUACCUUCCGGUAACGGAGGAGGAGCUGGCUCAGCUGGCCACCUCCAUGGAAGGGUUUGACAUGGCCUCCGUGGAGCAGCAGAAAGAGCAGCAGAGCUAUUUUGUCCGCCUGGGCUCCCUCUCGAGCAAAGUCCGCCACCGGGCCUACCAGCACUCCCUGGGCAAGCUGAGGAACGCCAGGCAGGGCACUCAAGACGCCCUUUCCCAGCUCUCCCAGACCAUCGAACUGAUUGAGCACAUCAAACAAGGGGUUGACCAGAGAAUCCAGAGCACCCAGGAGAAACUGCAUCAGAUGUGGCUGCAGUGGAAUCCAAAGCAGUCCGCUGAGACCAGCCAGAAAGAAGCUCCUCAGCCAGAGCAGAUUGAGUCUCAAGCUUUAGAGGUUUCCCGUGGCAUCGCUCAGCAGCUACACUCCACCACGGCGGCUCUGGUCUCCAACCUCCAAGGCCUCCCUGCAGGCAUCCAGGAAAAAGUGAGCCUUGUCCGUCAAAAUGUCGACGAACUUCGGACAUCAUUCUUAUCUGCCAAAUCCCUCCAGGACUUGUCUGCGUCCAUCUUGGCCCAGAGCAGGGAGAGGGUUACCCAGGCCCGAGAGCUGACAGAUGAGUUGCUGGAGCAUGUUACCCACAAUGCACCCCUCUCUUGGCUGGUGGGGCCCUUCGCCCCAUCUGGCAAGCCGGAAAAGGAGGAAAUAGAGAUGCAGUAGAACUUGGAAGGCUUUCUUGUGGGAGUAAGGGUGGGCUGGUGGAAAUCUAGGCUGCUGUUAGUAUUGGCUUGCACAUGGAAUGGCCUGUUGGCCCAAACUGGAAAUUGAACUAAGUUCCCUUCUAAGCCUGAGAGCACCAUUCUAAAAAAAAAAGAGAGAGCAGAAAAUGCUGUGGGAGGGAAGCCUGGGAAUGUUAUGGCAGUAGAAGUCGAGCCAUGGCCUCAUAUUUGAGGCAGACUGCGGCCUACAAGCUUUGGCUGCCAUUUUUAAGGCCUGUCCAUUAGCGCAGGCAAGAUGUGCUAUCUGUCUGUCCUGCUGUGGCACUCGUCGGCCAAUUAAAAGCAAAGCUUGAUAUUUAGGGUGCUGAAAUCUUGUUCGUCUUCCCCCUCCCAUUCCAAAAUGCAAGCAAAUUAUUUUUCGAGACGGUAGAGAGAACUUGCAACACUUUUGUGGGAUUGUUCCAGCACUGUUUGGCAGGGAAAUGUCCCCUAGAGAACUUUUUUUGUGUGGGAGUGUACUGUCUUACAAACACACCUGGUGUUGAAAUUGAGGAAUUGGGCACAAAUGUUGAAUGUAAUGAAUAGAACCUGGAGAGGAAAAAGUGUCUUUUCAACUCUUGCAUAAAUAUCUCUUUCUAUAAUGAAACAGUAAUGAAAUGGAAUACCUACAAGGUGUAACAUAAACCAUUUGUCCCUCAAAUGUCUUGGUUGACGGUUCUAGAUUUCUGAAUUCUAAAGCUACCAGGGAAAGGGGGGGGGGCAACUAAGUGAGCUGCUUCUCCUCUAACUUGAAAAAGCAUAUUUUCUGAAACUUGUCUGCAGUUGUACUUAAGGAAAGUUGUGCCUUUCUUGCCCCACACUGAUUAUAUAUCCCACACGUGUGCCUUGAUUUCACCAAUAAAUGU